CCGGCUCGCCUUAUUAGCCGACUGGAUCCGAGGUUGGGCGUCUUCAGGCCCGAGUCAAGCCGAGCAAGUGAUGUCGCCCGCCGUCCUCGCGCUCCUGGCCGCGCUCGCUUGCAGCGUCCAUGCCACUGUUUUCUUCAAGGAGAAGUUUCUCGACGGAGACGGUUGGAGAAACCGAUGGGUGGAGUCCAAGCACAAGGAGGAUUACGGCCAAUGGAAGCUGAGCGCCGGGAAAUUCUAUGGUGACGCUGAGCUCGAUAAAGGUGUCCAGACGAGCGAUGACGCACACUUCUACGCGCUGUCGGCGCGCAUGGAGUCGUUCAGCAACGAGGGUAAAGUCCUGGUGAUCCAGUUCAGCGUCAAGCACCAGCAGGGGCUGGACUGCGGCGGAGGCUACGUCAAACUCUUUGACGCCCAACUCGACCAGGCCCAGAUGAACACCCGCUCCUCCUUCUACAUCAUGUUCGGUCCCGACAUCUGCUUCUCGGCCACCAAGAAAGUGCACGUCAUCCUCAACUACAAGGGACAAGGACACCUUAUCAAAAAAAACAUCCUGUGCAAGGACGACAAGCUGAGCCACGUGUACACGCUGGUGCUGCGUCCGGACCAAACGUACCAGGUGAAGAUCGACAACUCAGAGGUGGCGUCGGGCUCGCUGGAGGAUGACUGGGACCUGCUGCCGCCCAAGACUAUCAAAGACCCCCAGGCCAGCAAGCCGGCCGACUGGGACGAUCGGCCCACCAUGGACGACCCAGAUGACACCAAGCCCGAGGACUGGGAUCAGCCAGAAACCAUCCCAGACCCCAAACACCGCAAACCCAGCGACUGGCGAGAGGACAUUGAUGGCGUGUGGAAGCCUCGCGUGAUUGCAAAUCCCGACUACAAGGGCGACUGGACGCCCAGGCAGAUAGACAACCCCAAGUACAAAGGCCCAUGGGUCCACCCCAAGAUCGCCAACCCUGAGUACGUUCACGACGCCGACAUGUACAAGUUCCACAACAUUGGCGUGCUGGGAUUGGAAUUGUGGCAGACGAAGGCCGGAUCCAUCUUUGACAACUUCCUCAUCACUGACAAUGUCCAAGAAGCAGAAGAGUUUGCCCAGCAGACUUGGGGACUCACGCGGGCAGCCGAGAAGAAGAUGAAGGAGGAGCAAGACGAGCUGGAAAGGAAGAAGUGGGAGGAAGAGGAGCAGGAGAAUAACAGGAAGGACGAUAAAGAUUUUGACUUUGGUGAUCAUGCUGGUGAUGGCAAGGAAGUGCGGACACUCAAAAACACUGAACUGUAGUCCUGCAUUUGGGUAGGGGUUGAGUGUCUUGGCCAUCAAUGUGGUUACCAAAAGUGUGCAUCAACCCAAUCCGCGUCAGAAGUACGCCAACAUCACUUGGUCAAAAUACAUAAAAACAUCAUGUUUAUUUUA